UGAACACUAUGCCCCCCCCCUCCUCGCUGCAGCCCGUUCAGCUCCACUAGCCAUCUCUCCAUCUCUACCAGCCGCUAGACUCCGGACCGUCUCAGCACCGGACCACAUAGCGGACCCCAGCCAGCAGAACUACUGUUAAAACCCGUGAUCAUGUCCUCAGUGCUGCAGAAGCUCAUCACCCCUCUGGCCAGCAGCCCUGCUGAGCCUCCCAGGAACAAGGUGACGGUGGUCGGGGUGGGCCAGGUGGGCAUGGCCUGCGCCAUCAGCAUCCUGCUGCGGGACCUGUGUGACGAGCUGGCUCUGGUGGAUGUGAUGGAGGAUCGUCUGAAGGGAGAGAUGAUGGACCUGCAGCAUGGCAGCCUCUUCCUCAAGACCUCCAAGAUAGUGGCUGACAAAGACUACGCGGUCACAGCCAACUCUCGCCUGGUCGUGGUGACGGCCGGCGUUCGCCAGCAGGAGGGUGAGAGCCGCCUUAACCUGGUGCAGAGGAACGUCAACGUCUUCAAGGCCAUUGUCCCCCAGAUCGUCAAGUACAGCCCCAACUGCACUAUCAUCGUGGUCUCCAACCCUGUGGACGUGUUGACAUAUGUGACCUGGAAGCUUAGCGGUCUGCCCAAGCACCGCGUCAUCGGCAGCGGCACCAACCUGGACUCGGCCCGCUUCCGCUACCUGAUGGCCGAACGCCUUGGCAUCCACGCCAGCUCCUUCAACGGCUGGGUGCUGGGAGAGCAUGGAGACACCAGCGUGCCGGUGUGGAGUGGAGCUAACGUGGCAGGAGUCAACCUGCAGAGCCUGAACCCUGAUAUUGGCACUGAUGGUGAUAAGGAGCAGUGGACGGCCACACACAAGGCUGUAGUGGACAGCGCCUACGAGGUGAUCAAGCUGAAGGGCUACACUAACUGGGCCAUCGGUCUGAGCGUGGCAGACCUGACUGAGAGCAUCGUCAAGAACAUGAGCCGGGUCCAUCCGGUCUCCACCAUGGUCAAGGACAUGUUUGGUAUUGGUGAGGAGGUCUUCCUGUCUCUGCCCUGCGUGCUGAACAGCACCGGCGUGAGCAGCGUGGUCAACAUGACCCUGACAGACGGCGAGGUGGGCCAGCUGAGGAAGAGCGCCGACACGCUGUGGGGCAUCCAGAAGGACCUCAAGGACAUCUGAAUACACCCGCGAUGCCUGUCAACACGCACACACCCCUUUUAUAAUGUCCCCCUCUUCACACUGAACUGCUGGCAUUUUGAAGGAGAACACCAGUCUUUCAAAGAUUGUGUGGGUGAGAAUUUCAGUUUUGCAUACAUCAUCCAGCCUGAUAUGAUUUCAGCGCUGCAUUAUGUCACCAUUAUAUCACCGUUAGGUCUGAGGAAGACGGCUGUGCUCCUUUAAAAGAGAAACAGAAUGUCUCCCACCAGUGAUAGGCUGAUGUUGUGUGUUACUGUGUUUGUGUUAAGACAUGUGAGGUGACCUGUGUUACUGUACUCUACCAGCUGUUUGGACCAGCAUCAAGCACAAGCCCUGUCCUCCUCCCCCACUCGCUGUGUGAGUCCUUCCUUUAGUUCCCUGCAGUGAAGCACUCAGACAAAGGCCCCACAAAUCCAAGACGGCGCUGUUUCCCUCCCUCCUUCGUCUACAAGUGUUGGUCUGCAGCAAACACUCAGUGUGAAGUCAGUGUUAGCAGAGGGAGAGGAGCGUCCAGCUCCACAUGUUUCUGUCAGACCUUGUGUUGUGUGUAACUUAAUAAAGUUGAACCUGGUGAAGGCU